CAUCUCAUCAUCUGUACCACGACCACUAGCAUUCUGAGCCAGAGCCCCCUCCCGUCUCCGCCGCCGGAGCACCCUGCCAGUGCCAUGGCCUCACCUCCGCGCGUCCUCCUCGGGCACAUCCUCCUCCUCGUCCCCCUCCUACCGCUCCUCGCCUGCGCCGGACUCGUCCUCGAGGACGGCUACACCGUCUCCACGGUCUCCGACCUAAACCCCUCCGGGACCCACCCCUACGCGCUCCUCCCGCGGCCCCGCGCCGGGGACCUCGUCCUCCUCGACUCCGCCGGAUCCACGCUCUACACCCUCCCCCUCCCCGUCUCCGCGGACGCCGGGCCGCGGAGGCUCGCGGGGGGCGCCGGCGCCCUCGGCGACGGCCACCCCCGCAGCAUCGCCGUCGACGGCGCCGACAACGUCUACGUCGCCGACCGCGCCAACGGCUCCAUCCGCAAGGUCGCGCCCUCCGGUUAUACUACUACAAUUGCUGGAGCAUACUCAGCAGGGACUGGUCACAGGGAUGAACCUGCGCAGAAUGCCACCUUUUCCGCAGACUUUGAGCUUAUUUAUGUCCCCCAAAUUUGUGCACUGUUGGUUGCUGACAGAGGAAAUCGAUUGAUUAGACAAAUCAAGCUAAAGCCAGAAGAUUGUGCACAUGAGAACCAGAAAGGCUUGGGAACCACAUCUACCUCAAUCAUUGCAAUAUUGGCUGCGCUCUUUGGUUCAAUUAUUGGGUUCUUAGUCAGGCAUUUCUACCCUUUCCAUGCAGGAAGUCUCCAUCAACCGCUUUUUCAUCAGGAUACAGAGGCAAUACAGGAGAACCCAGAGGAAGGCCGCACUGAUCAGCUUCUCCGACACCAGAAACGCAAUUGCUAACUCCAUGCUUUGUACCCUCCUGCUGAAACUAGUUAGAGCUGGUGUUGGCUACCUUACUGUUGUGUUACCUAGUAUUAGGCUAGAGCGAGGAGUU